UUAUGCAUUAAGUCCAAAGCUACCAGCUGCUGUUAAUGACUGACUGAAUGUGACUGGAGUUGUUAUUCUGUCUCGCCUCUCUCACAUUUGAAGCAUUUUCUUCCAGGCUCCCACAGCUUUGCAUUGAUAUUGUUUCUGCUUGAUCCUGAAUGUGUUUUCCCCUCAGGAGCAAAUCCUCCACAAACUCAUUCGCAGAGACUCAGGGGGUCUCUGUGUUCUGAUUUUCUGAUGUUUCCCUCUUAUUGUCUGAAGUGUUUGGGGUUAAAGAGUCUCUGUUUGAACAAAUGAACAGCAAUUUUAUCCAGUUGGUUUGAUCCAAGCUGAUUAACAAAGAUCGUGUUUGUUUAAGGAUUAAAAAGCAAAGUGUCUGUUUUUCCAUACAUGUAGAAGCAGCUUCUAAAAAGGGUCAAAUCUGUUUCCUGGUUUGUUAAUGGCUGAUGAACUAUUUCCAUUAUGAAUGACUCGGAUCAUCUUAUAUGUUUGUUGUACAAUCUUGGCGGGGUGACAUGUUUGAAGCUGAUCUAAAGGAAUGUUUUUAGUAAGAGUUUGACUUUAUUUCAGCUGUAUUUUCAGCAGAAAGACGUCACAUCAGUGUACUCUCUUUGCAGAGCGAAUCUUUAUGUCUGCAGGCCGUCAGCCAGACUGAUUUGAAUCACUCAGAGUUAUGUUUGGUCAGCAUCGGAGUUUCCAAGGCACUGAAAUCUUUAGCAUUUCUUAGAUAUGAAUGAGAACGUCAACAUCGUGUUUGUGCUCCAGGGUCUGAAUGACUCAGCGACAAACCGUCAGAUCUACUUUGCCAUCGCCCUGAUGUCCUACCUGGUCACCAUCUUGGUGAACCUGAUCCUCAUUCUCACCGUGUGUCUGGAUAAAGCCCUCCACCAGCCAAUGUACAUCUUCAUGUGCAACCUGUGCUUCACUGGGCUCUGUGGAGCGUCCAGCUUCUACCUGGAUCUGCUCCAAGACUUUCUGGCAGACGCUCACCUCAUCACGUACACCGGCUGCUUGACGCAGAUGUUUUUCACUCAUAUUUACAUCUUCUGCCAGUUCACUGGUCUGACUGUCAUGGCGUAUGACCGCUACCUGGCCAUCUGCCAGCCGCUGCGUUACUGGGCUCUGAUGACGGGCAAGAAGGUUGCGCUGCUGUUGCUUCUCACCUGGUGUCUGUCUCUGUUAGAAACAGCUGUAGGCAUUCUCCUGAUCAGCAGGCUGUCAUUCUGCAGCCACCACAUAGCCAGGAUCUUCUGCACCAAUUGGGAGGUGGUCAAGCUGUCCUGCUCAGACACCACUGCCAACAACUUGUACGGCAUUGUGGUCAUUAUCCUACAAACAAUGCAGAUAAUGAUCAUCCUGGUCUCAUACAUGCACCUGGUCCGAAGUGCUGCCCGCUCUCGAACUGACCGCAGAAAGUUUGUUCAGACAUGUUUUCCUCACCUCACGUCGCUGCUUGUCUUCUCCUUCUCUGUGCUGUUUGACCCAUUCUAUUAUCGUUAUGGCGGCAGCUCCAUGGCGGCGCUGCAGAACGCGCUGUCAGCAGAGUUCCUCGUGGUGCCGCCCAUCGUCAACCCCAUCAUCUACGGCAUGAACCUGCGUCAGAUCAGGACCCGGAUCCGCCUCUGGUUCACCACAGUGAACCCACAGAGAUCGUUGUCAAAAUAA